AUGGAAGACAAUUACACAAUAUCUCAAGAUGCCAGUGAUUCAGAGAUUGCGACUGUGGCAAGUGGAAACAUCUUGCUCACUGAGUAUGUCGAUUCUUCUAAUGUUUCGACAGUCAUGCCGACUCAAGUAACCGGAACAUUAUCCCAUGAACUUGUUUUCCAGUAUGGAGUUACCACGGCCCUCAAGGUUGCUUAUGGCGUUGUUAUGGUGCCCGCCAUUUUGGGCAACAUCUUUAUUCUCAUGGCAAUUGCAUGCCACGCAGAACUUCGCUCACAACACACCAAUAUUUACGUUGCGAACCUAGCAGUUUGCGAUCUCAUGGUUGUCGUCAUGGAGUGCCCGUUUGCCAUUUUACAGUUCUUGGUUCGAGGUGUAUUCGCCAUGAACUUUUUUACACCAGGGAUCUGUAGACUAACUUUCUUCGUCAAUAGUUUCUUUGGGACUUGUUCUAUUCUCACGAUGCUAGCUAUUGGUGUGGAGAGGUACUGUGCAGUAAUGCAUCCUUUUCAAACUCUGUCUCUGGGUGAGAACGCAAGGACCAGGGCCAGGAACAUCAUCUUCUUCUUCUGGUCAUUCACUGUGCUCACACAUCUUGGGCAGUUGGCACUUUUUGGAGAAAUCCAGACUGACCACUAUAUCAAUCAGGCCGGUGAGAGUUUUGGUGUGACUUACUGCCUGAGUUCCCAACCUGAGAAGCAACCGAUCUACUCUCACAUCUACGCUGCUACAGCCUUUCUCCUGGUCUAUGGUUCAACUUUCCUCACCACUCUGGUCCUUUAUGUCCGGAUCCUCAAACAUCUCAUCAACCGCAAGCACAUCGGAGGAGACCAACUAAUGGGGAAAACCACACCCGAAAACCCAUCGUCUAUAAGGAGGAGAGUGGUCGUCCCUAAGACGUGCUCGGACGCGGUGCAUAAGACAUUUCGAAUGCUGAGUUGUUCUGUACUCUCAUACGCGAUUUGUUACUCGUUGUAUUUCUAUGUCAAUCUCUACUAUAUCUACUUCGGUCUGACGGAUAGGAAUGGUAUCACUUUGAUGCUAAUUGCCAACUGGUUCGGUGCCGUUAACUCGCUCAUUAACCCCAUCGUCUAUACCGUGUUUGUGGACCAGUUCCGCGCCGUGUUCGGAGGGAUUUUGACGGGGAAGGCGUUACGGAGGAAGAGGUCGUCUCGUUUCAUCAACGCACCGAAAGGUUCACGGAGCAGACAAGUUUCCACGAAUAACAACAGAUCGAAUACACAGAAGGAGUCGAUAAUUGUAACUAUCAGCAACUUGAACGCCACCCCCAGCCGACCCAGCCAUCAGUAG